CGGCGCUGGGCAUCGGCAGGAGCAAGAGGCGGCGGCAACAACAACUCGGGAGGCACCGAUGGCCAAGUGGGGGGAGGGAGACCCCCGCUGGAUCGUGGAGCAGCGCGCCGACGCCACCAACGUCAAUAACUGGCACUGAUUCUGCAAAAACCUGUCAGGCUGGGUUUUCAAAACGGAAUCCUGGGGAAUUGAGGAGCCCUAUUCUGAGGACAUCAGUCAUUUGCUGUAAUGGAAUUGCAUGCGGGGACCAUUUCCAUGUGUGUGAGGAGGAAAGGGACAAUUCUCAGCAAUCUUCCCACUUCGCAUUACAGCUGCCUGUACUUCUCAAAAUAUUCAUCUGAUGCCCCACAACCCUCAGAGACAUCUUUUUGGAAGCACAGGACUGAAAGAGAUGCAUCUAACUGGUCAUCGGAGAAGUUGAAAACUCUGCUUCUGGCUAUUCGAGCAGAGAAUGCAGAGGGUUCUUGCGAAGUGACAGAAGUGAGUAAAUUGGAUGGAGAAGCCUCCAUCAACAACCGCAAAGGAAAGCUAAUUUUCUUCUAUGAGUGGAACAUCAAGUUGGCUUGGACAGGCACCUCAAACACAGGCGUGAAGUAUAAGGGGCAUGUAGAGAUUCCUAACCUUUCAGAUGAAAAUGAUGUUGAUGAAAUUGAGAUCAGUGUUGGUCUCGCCAAAGAUGAGCCGGAUACCAACCUGUUAGCCUUGAUGAAGCAAGAAGGCGUAAAACAGAUCAGCGAUGCUUUGGGCACUUACAUCAGCACUCUCAAGACAGAGUUUACCCAAGGCAUGAUUUUGCCCACAGUGAACGGUGAACAGUCACAGCCAGAGUCAGCUCCUCAUCCUUUUCGUAAAACAGAGGAGCACAGGGCUGCUGAACCUGUUGUUGGCAAUGCACUUAAAUCCAAAUCUGUAGGAGUCAAGAUUCCUACCUGUAAGAUAAACUUGAAGGAUAUUUUCCCAACAUCUCCAGAUGAACUAUACAGAGUAUUCAUUACACAAGAGAUGGUCCAGGCAUUUACUCAUUCGCCUGCUGUUGUGGAGGCUGAUAAAGGAGGGAAAUUCCAACUGCUAAAUGGCAGUGUCUCUGGCGAGUUCACUGAACUGGUUCCUGAGAAGCAGAUUGCUAUGAAGUGGAGAUUUAAGUCGUGGCCAGAGGGUUGUGCUACACUACUGAUGUUGGGCUUUAUUCUGGCUCUUCUAGGGCAUUUUGCAACCAUCACCUUGACCUUCAAUGACAGAGCUGGUGAAACAGAAGUCUGCAUGGAAGGGAGGGGCAUCCCAGCCAACGAAGAAGAACGAACAAGGGAGGGCUGGCAACGAUACUACUUUGAGAGCAUUAAACAGACGUUUGGCUAUGGAGCCCGCUUGUUUUAACACUGGCCACUGCGGAGAGUCUCAGCCUGAAGAUUCUGCCGUGUGAACUGAUUUGCUUUUUGUCUGUCCCUUUCUAUCCUCUGUUUCACUGUUGUGACUAGCAGGAUGGCAGGAUGGCCCUGAAGGCCACUAAGCAGCCCAGAUUCCAGCCCUUCACUGCUUGUGCAUGUCUCCUGCUGCAGGGGAUUCAAAGGUGGAUUCUCAUAAAUGUACAUACACCCGUAUUGAUAAAUAAACGUAACUUAACGAAA